GCCAGGCGGGACAGAAGGCCGCGAGUACUCUCCAUGCACCAUCCGUCAUUUCUCUAAAUUUGUUUGUUUACUUUCUCUUCAUUUAACUUAUAUUUUCUAAAUAUCAAAUUGGUUAUAAAACGCAGCGGUGACAAUGAAGAAGGGUACAAGUAUUACAUCGGGAGUUUGGAUAAAAUCAACCGCUGGAGCAUCCUCAUCCAGUUCUUCAAGUACUUCACGGUCACGCAGUAAUUAUUUGUCGCCACAUUAUGGUGAAGAACCUCACCAACAAAACAGAAGCAGCAAAGUAAUUCGCCCCAAAAGGUUUAGGCAGCCCAAGAUAACGUCCAUGAUAAGCAAACCUGUGUCUGAGGUCGAUGUUACAAAUCUGAAAGAGUUUCAUGGUGGAUUACGUCAAAUGACGAAGGACGAUGUAACCAAAAAAGUUCCUGCAGAGGUAGAAGAGGUUGUGUGCUCUUCUUCUUCAGACAGUUCGACAUCGUUUGAGGAUUUCGAUGACGAUAUGCCCACCCCUGCAACCAGGGAUAUUUGCAAUGACGAGAAAUCCCCUGGUUUGGACCAUGUGAUUGACAAUUGUGAUUUGUCUACCAUCCUUGUGGGAAAUAUUACGGAACUUGUGGAUAUUUCUGGGUCCGAUUCUGACAGUGUUAACUUUCUACCACCCACCCCGCAGCCAGUACGAAAAAUUCCACCAGCUAAAAGUCAUCGAACAAAUAGGGUUCUGAAAAACCUAGAGUCAGAUAACAUUCUUGUAGAAUCCCCCCAAAUACAUGAACACACGCCACCCCCACCACCGUCUAUGUCUCCUAUUAGACUGUUUGGUCGGUCUCCUAUUCAAGCGUUUGGUCGGUCUCCCAUUCGAUCGUUUGAUCGGUCUCCUAUUAGAACGCCUCGUCAGUCUCCCAUUAGAACGUUUGGUCGGUCUCCUGUUAGAACGUUUGAUCGAUCUCCCAAGAGACCUCCACCUGUCUGGAAUAAUGAAAAUGUGACUAACCAACUCAAUUGUACGGCAGAUUUAAUUCGGGACUUUGAUAGAGUACCAGUUAGAAAUUUGAACGACCGGUUGGACAUGUUUAAACCGAUUCGAAAUAAAGCGGACCGUGCAAAAUUGGAUGGUUGGGAUUGUGAUCUUUGUCGUGAGUAUUACCGAGGCUUGGAGGAUGACAUGCAUCCACAUGAAUUACAACGGUUAAAAAAUAAUUGCUCCCGUCACCGUUCCACAAGGCCAAUCAAUCAGAGCGACACUCCUCCGGAUAUAUGGAAAACCUAUCUGCCAAGUACUCAAGAAGCCAUUGAACGCGGACUGAUUCGAAUCGGAGUGGCUUCUCCACCAGUUAGGCGAAAGCGACACGAUCUUUUAGACUAAUUUUUUUUAUUGUAUCGACUCUCGUGAUUCAAAUUCAAAGUGUUCCAUAAAAUUAAAUUAUUUGUUGGUAAUAUUUUAUACCAGAAAGAGUGAUAUUUUCAAGUGUUUAUUAAUCCUAAGAAUACUUGAGCUAAAGUUUUUUUUUCAAUUGACAAUAUGUUCAUAUAGGUUUUUUAUAUUGUAUGUGCUUUUUACAAGAGCCAAGUUCAAUCAUCAAGUAAACUUUUUCCAAUCAUA